AUGGUUCCCGUGCGUGUCGACAGCAUAUGGAUAGAUUGUCGCAAUGAGAGUUUACGAAGCGGCGAGAUGUGUGUCCGAGGCGAGUGCAGACUUCGAGGACAUCGUGGUGCAUCGGCAGAUGUUGUUGGCACCGCGAAUGGUUCAAACACUCCGCUCGUGUAUUUGGAGGGAUUACAAACAACAUUCGUUGAUGACAACAAUGUAGUCUCCGGCAAUAAGCCCACUAAGCCUCGCCACUUGUGUACUCGGAUAAUUUGGAAACCCGACCUGGAAUUGAUGGAUCAGGAACAAAUAUUGAGGCAUUGUAUUCACGAUAGGCCGCCUCAAGGCCACGACGCUGUAGAGGGUCAUCGAGAUAUGACACUGGCUAUUAUGGCAUUUGUCGAGGAGGCCACCGAGUAUGUCGAUGACGAGUUACCGCCAGCCAGACUUGAACCACAUCUGCAGUCGUUUCUGGGCUGGAUAAGUGUUAAGGAACAAAGUUUAGAAGGCGCAUUCUUCAUUCAUAUUGGUCACAACCUCUUGAAGGUCCUAAACGGCGAAAUUGAUCCUGUAGAGGUCAUUUUCCAACAUGGUCUCGCGGAGCAGUACUACGGAGAUGUCCUAGCAAGCAAGCACCAUUCUCACGCUGCUUCCACAUAUUUUUACUUGCUAUGCUUCAAGAAUCCUUCAAUAAAGAUACUAGAGGUUGGAGCUGGCACAGGCCGGCAGACCUUGCCGUUGCUUGAGACAAUGAGCGGCGACGGCGUGAAGAAAUGGGAGCGGUACGACUAUACCGAUAUCUCGCCGGCAUUUCUCAGCCAAGCGAGUAUAAAGUUCCAAGGCUACUCCAGCAAGAUGGCAUUUACCAUCCGCAACAUCUCCAAAGAUCUAAUAUCGCAGUCCUUUGUUGCAGCAAGUUAUGAUCUUGUCGUAGCGUCGCAUGUGCUGCACGCCACCGACAUUCUCCACGAAUCUUUGACCAACGUCCGAAAGCUUCUCAUGCCUAGCGGAAAGCUGUUGCUCUUUGAGACGACAAAGCCAGAUGCCCUCAUUGCAUUCGCUUUUGGCCUGUUGAAGGGUUGGUGGAGUCCAUUGGAUCACGAAGAGCGAUCUUUGCACAGUCCCUGCCUCUCGGUAGAACAAUAG